AUGUUUCAUAUUCGGGAAUGUUUUGAAAGCGAUCAAGGUUUUUGUCUUGACCAUUGGUACCCAAAGAAAGAUCGGAGCGAAGCUCUUCUCAAAAUGAAGAACUAUUUAAUACGGGUGAUGAAUCAUAUUCCUUCUUCAUACACUCCCAUUGGAACAAAAAGUUGUAUUGCUCGAUCCACACAAAUGAACAUCUCUAACGAGAGCAUAUCUUCAUUCCCUUCACUUAAUUUAGAAGAAAGUGAUGUUUCCAUGUUUAUGGAGUCCUUCUUUCCUUCAAACUUAAGGACAUUCACGUCCGAAGAAUUUAUUCGUGAUGAACAUCCUGAGUGUCUUACUGAUUUUUAUCAAGCUCUAAAGAUUCUCAAAGUGAACCUCAAAUGUUUUAUUAUUGCAUUAUACAAACUUCAAAAGAAGAACGUACAAUUAAGAUGCCAAGCUCAUAGCGUCAUUCUUGCAACAUUGUAUUGA